AUGAAGGGGCACCGGCUCCUCACCAUCGCGGCACCUGCGGCAGGGAUGUUGGUCGGCGGCAGACGAGAGCAGCAACAAACUCCUGGUUACUCUCGUGUCCAUUGCUGGGGCUGGAACACCGGCGUUGGUGAAAGCAUGUCCCCAACAGCUUUAUGGCAAGACUUUGGCGUCAAGCGCGCUCACUACUCACGAGCCGCGCAGAAGCUGGUGCUGACGGGGAGCCCCUCAGCCCUUCGUCCUGGAACAGCGGAUGACUUGCAGCGGGUCCGAAACAUGAAAGGCGAAGUCAUCACGGAGGCAGAGAAUCCCGGGUUGCGGGUGGAAGCCAAUUUCCUGGAUGAGGCAGAAGAAGAAGCUUUGGCUCGAGAGCUUCGAGCUGUCGUGGAAGAGCAUGGGUUCUGCUUUGAAGAGGAGAAGAUAUCGGUUUCGAUGGUGGAUGCUGCCGGGCUGCAAGAAGACUAUGGGAAGAAUCGCUCUCGAAGGGUCACUGGCCGGCCUGAAUCGCGCGGUGCUCAGAAGGGAAUCGUAGCGCCCUGGGGUUACGGUCCAGAUCUGGAUGUGAAGAAGCUGCCUCCAAUGAUCGGCAAGCUUGUGAAGCGCCUGCAAGAAGAGAGAGGCUACAAGCUCGGGCCCUUGCGAGACUGCACCAUCAACCAUCGAACAGACUCUUUCUUCAUGAUCCAUCCGCAUGUAGAUCCCGUUGCUGACGGCCCCCAUGUCUUCUUGCUUGGCAUUCUUAGCGGCGCCGUGCUGACCUUUACGCCGUCGGAUGCCCAGCCGCGGACCGGCUUGGAAGCCGAAUCGAAAUCAUGGACAGACCAGGACUUGGACCUGCUAAUUCGGCGCCGCAGCCUUGUGGUGUUUUCGGGGGCAGCACGCUAUGAUUGGAAGCAUGGGAUUCGCGCUGGCUUUCAGCUUCAAUCGCCAGAGCUCGAGGGCAAGACGAUCUGCGACUUCUGGGGUUCCAUGCAGUACAUCUUGCCACGACGCCCGGAGCGAUUCUCUGUGGUGCUCGCUUUUGCAGAUCCUGUGUAG